AUGGCGGAUCGAGAUGAGAAUAACGAAAACAUGGUCAUUGUCGACGACGACACAGAAUAGGAAGUUAUACCAGAAGCGUAACUCGAGCAAAUAUUUGUCCGCGUUUUUACAAGCGAUUCGUCAUCAAUCACGCCAUCCUGGCUAGUACAACCGGCACUUUGUACCUACCAAAUCCUGAUAAAAACUUCCGGCUGUACUAGCCAGGAUGGCGUGGCCUGACGUGAGCGAGUUAAAAAUUUUCGUGGACGUCAAACAAUAAGGGAAACGACUAGAGUUACGCUUCUGGUAUAACUUCCUAUUCUGUGACGACGACGGCGAGUUUGACGACGAUGAAGAUGGCGAAGAGGUUCAAGAGGGGCAAGGACAAGGAAAUAAUGAGUUGGUUGUCAAUGCUUUGACUUUAUUAAGAGCUCCCAGAAAGUCAGACCUGGCUCGUAAACGUAAAGUCAAUGUUAAUCCACGCAAACAUCAAACUCGCAUUGUACAUGCUAAGACUUCAACUGCCCCAAAUGUUUCUGUAGCUGUAAGAAUCCAAGAAUUUCCACAAGAAUGCUUCAAGGAUACUGCGAUUGGCAAGGGAGCAUUUUUUUGUGAAGCAUGUCGCGAAGAAAUAUCAGUUAAGAGAUCAACUAUCAUAAAUCAUAUAAACACUCACAAACAUCUGUCUGGAAAAGAGAAAUUACACCAAAAGGCAAAACGUGAGAGAGAUCUGGCAGAAGUUCUACGCGCAUAUGACGAAGAAAACCAUCCGAUAGGGGAAACAUUGAGUAUGAAUACCAGAGUAUUUCGUCUUAAAGUUGUAACAGCCUUCAUGAAGGCUGGAAUAGCCAUUAAUAAGAUAAAUUGCUUCAGAAGUAUCUUAGAAGAGUCAGCUUAUAAACUGACAGAUCGAACAAACAUGGCCCAGCUGAUUCCCGUGGUACACCAGGAGGAGAAAAAAAACACUCUUGAAGAACUGACAGGAAGAGAGAUAUCGAUUGUGUUUGAUGGUACCACCAGGCUAGGAGAAGCAUUAGUUAUUAUUGUUAGAUUCCUCGACAGUGAGUGGAAAAUCCAACAGAGGCUUUUGCGAUUUCUCUUGCUUGCUAAAUCUUUAGCAGGAGAAGAAGUUGCAAGGGAGAUCAUCAGUGUUCUUGCCAGAGAGUAUGGUGUUGCCACAGAGCUACCGGUUGCUACUAUGCGUGAUAGGACCAGUGUUAACAAUGUAGCAGUGAGAACUAUUAAGGUGAUUUUCCCCAAUAUUCUAGAUAUUGGUUGCUUUUCUCACACUCUUGAACAUGUGGGAGAGAAGUUCGAUACUCCUGUUCUCACCAAAUUCAUCAAGCACUGGGUCUCACUAUUUGCACACUCACCACAUGCCAAACUUCUGUGGAAAGAUCGUACUGGAAAAAGUCUCACGACGUACUCACCAACAAGAUGGUGGAGCCAAUGGGAAUGCAUUAAACAGGACUUAUUCCUUUUCUACCCCCAUGUCACAGCCUUCCUGACUGCAAAUAGGGAUACUGGCACUGCUCCAGCCACAACAAGGAAGCUACUGGACAUAAUCGCAAACUCUGAAGCCAAGCUGAAGAUAGAGAUCGCAGCAACUGUUGAUGCAGGUGAACCAUUCGUGAAGAAGACAUACAGCCUCGAAGGGGACGGUCCUUUGGUACUGGAAGCUUAUGAUGCUAUCAUCGAACUUGAAAACUGUGUGAGAUUGAUGCACAUGCCAAAUGUAACACAGAUUUCCUCUGAAUUAGCUGCCACAGAUGGUCCAGAUCAACGCGACCAAGAACAGUGGCAAGAUUAG